CAAAGACCGGGGGAGGGCGGCCCGCCAGCGCGUCCUGGCCGUGGAUCUGGGCAUCUUGCCCCGGGGCCCCACCCUGAUGCCGCGUCCCCUCCCUCGGGGUGCCAGGGCUGCGGGGCCCCCCCCGGGGGCCCAGCCAAUGGAGGGGUGCACAGGGGAGAGGAGGGGCCCAGGGUAGCGCAUAAAAGUGGGGACGGGGAGAGCUGCUCAGCAGCGUGCGAUCCCCUCGGGAGCAAGAGCCAAGACUUCCUCCGUACCUGCCGGCAGCCACACGCUACCCUCCACCCGACACCAUGGUGCACUGGUCAGCCGAAGAGAAGCAGCUCAUCACCAGCCUCUGGGGCAAGGUCAAUGUGGCCGAUUGCGGUGCUGAGGCCCUGGCCAGGCUGCUGAUCGUCUACCCCUGGACCCAGAGGUUCUUCGCUUCCUUCGGGAACCUCUCCAGCCCCACCGCCAUCCUCGGCAACCCCAUGGUCCGUGCCCACGGCAAGAAAGUGCUCACCUCCUUCGGGGAAGCCGUCAAGAACCUGGACAACAUCAAGAACACCUUCGCCCAGCUGUCCGAGCUGCACUGCGACAAGCUGCACGUGGACCCUGAGAACUUCAGGCUCCUGGGUGACAUCCUGAUCAUCGUCCUGGCCGCCCACUUCGCCAAGGAUUUCACUCCCGACUGCCAGGCUGCCUGGCAAAAGCUGGUCCGCGUGGUCGCCCACGCUCUGGCCCGCAAGUACCACUAAAGCGUCAGCAGGAAAGCCCCGGCAGCAUCCUCCAGCUGCAUGUCGUGCACCGCCUGACAUGCUGCUCUGGAGCUGACAGCUUCUAACAGUCAAAUAAAGCUCACCCUGUGAAGUGUC